AUGGCUGAGUAUGCUCACCAAAUCUCACCCUUUGAUGCAAAUCAAGCAUCGGCACAGUAUCGCAAUGAUUCUGCACAGCACACCGCUACUCCAGAAUCAGUGACCGUCAUUCCUAGGACUAGAGUAGGGGCCCCCAUUCCAGCCCCUAUAGAAGUGACACUCAAUCUCGACACUAUUCGACCUCUCUUCACCAUGAAACAAGAAGAUGCCGCUAAACAGCUUCGGAUCUCAGUCACAAGCCUCAAGGCUGUCUGCAGACAACUCGGCAUUGCUCGAUGGCCAUACACGCGGGGGCCAAAGGCGACCACCACCCGGGAGGAGAACAAGACGCAUCCUCCUGCCACAAGAAGUGUAACCAGCGACACGACAGCAGACCUGGAGAUGUUUUCAGAAGACAAUGACAACAGCGAUGGGCAGGAGACGUCUGGGCAACAGUUUGAGGGUUCAAACCAACGAAAAGAAUCUGAAGGAUCGGGGGACAGCCUGCUGGAUGAAAUCGAGGGGAGCCGAACCGAAGUCAUGGAUCAAGUAUGGAUAGAAUGGUACAUGUCAGGAACUGAUGCUGACUGCGAAGAAAUAGAACAGUCCAGCUCAUCUGGGAUCGUUGCAACACAGUAUCCUUGA